AUGAAUGUUGAGUUCGAAGAGGACGUUGUUGACUUCGAAGAGGACGCCGUUGAGUUCGAGAAGGACGCCGUUGAGUUCGAAGAGGACGCCGUUGAAUUCGAGGAGGACACCGUUGAGUUCGAGGACACCGUUGAGUACGAGGAGGACGCCGCUGAGUUCGAGGAGGACGCCGUUGAGUUCGAAGAGGACGCCGUUGAGUUCGAGGAGGACGCCGUUGAGUUCGAGGAGGACGCCGUUGAGUUCGAGGAGGACGCCGUUGAGUUCGAGGAGGACGCCGUUGAGUUCGAGGAGGACGCCGUUGAGUUCGAGGAGGACGCCGUUGAGUUCGAGGAGGACGCCGUUGAGUUCGAGGAGGACGCCGUUGAGUUUGAGGAGGACGAUGGGGAAGGGGGGAUGGGGAGGGCCGGUUUCGGUCCCAGCUUUUAA